AGCUUCAGAACGAGCAGUCACGUUACUUCCCAUAAAAGGAUUCACACAGGGGAGAAGCCAUAUAAAUGUUUGGAAUGUGGAAAGAGCUUCAGAACGAGCAGUCACGUUACUUCCCAUAAAAGGAUUCACACAGGGGAGAAGCCGUAUAAAUGCAGAGAAUGUGGAAAGACCUUUACUCAUAGCAGUCAACUUACUUCCCAUAAAAGGAUCCACACAGGAGAGAAACCGUAUAAAUGCAGAGAAUGUGGAAAGACCUUUACUCAUAGCAGUCAUGUUACUUCCCAUAAAAGGAUCCACACAGGGGAGAAGCCACAUAAAUGCAGAGAGUGUGGAAAGAGCUUCAGAACAAGCAGUCAUGUUACUUCCCAUAAAAGGAUCCACACAGGAGAGAAACCAUAUAAAUGCAGAGAAUGUGGAAAGACCUUUACUCAUAACAAUCAACUUACUUCCCAUAACUGGAUCCACACAGGGGAGAAGCCAUAUCAAUGUAUGGAAUGUGGGAAAAGGUUCACUGAAAGCUGUUCCCUUACAUCUCAUAAAAGGAUCCACACAAAAGAAAAGCCAUAUAAGUGUUUGGAAUGUGGAAAGAGCUUCAGAACAAGCAGUCAUGUUACUUCCCAUAAAAGGAUCCACACAGGAGAGAAACCAUAUAAAUGCAUGGAAUGUGGAAAGGACUUCUCUGAAAAUGGGUCCCUUAUGAGACAUAAAAGGAUCCACACCAGGGAGAAGCCAUAUAAAUGUGGAGAGUGUGGAAAGGGCUUUAGUAAUAGCAGUAAUCUUACAUCUCAUAAACGGAUCCACACAGGGGAGAAGCCAUAUAAAUGCAUGGAGUGUGGAAAGAGCUUCAGUCAUAGUGUUUCCCUUACUUCCCAUAACUGGAUACACACAGGGGAGAAGCCAUAUAAAUGCAUGGAGUGUGGAAAGAGUUUCAGCCAACACAGUAAACUUACUUCCCAUAAAAGAGUCCACACAGGGGAGAAACCAUAUAAAUGCGUGGAGUGUGGAAAGAGCUUCUGUGAAAAUGGGUCCCUUGUGAGACAUAAAAGGAUCCAUACAGGAGAGAAGCCAUAUAAAUCUGUGCAGUGUGGAAAGAACUUCAGAAGGAGCAAUGACGUA